UGAUGCAGAAAAAUAAUUACACACAUUGAGAUCAAGUUUUAAAGUGACGAUAGAGUGCUUAUUAAUCAUUCUCUGAAAGAAUUCUUAUAUAUUUUCAGUAAACAUUAAGAUUCACACAAUAUGUAAUAAUCAUUGAUUAUCUUUAGAACACAUAAUUACAUUAGUUAGUGUUUUUUAAGCAAAACCUUAUCUUGAACAAAAUAUUAAAAACAAAACAAAAAAACAUUAGAAGUAUAGUGCAACCCGUUGCAACCAUAGACUGUAAAAACAAUAUACAGUCUGGUUGCAACAGGCACUCUUUUUUUCGACCGUCUAUUAUUUACGUGGGUUUGUCACCCCGCCAAACAUGUUGUAUCCCCUGCUGACGCUUGGGAGUUGUCGUUUCCUGUGUCCUGGGAGAAAGACAACUCCCUUUUGAUUAAACUACAUUUCCCAGAAGCCACGAAAUUACAGUGUUUUUAACGGCCACAUCCGGUCAUACUGCAACAGCCGCUGAGCUGGUUGUAAACAGCUGCCUGAUUUGCGGAUUCACACCGUAGUUUCUUUCUUCUGCAGACCCACAUGCUUAUUGCUGACAAAAAUGUCGGAACCAUCCAGUGAUACAGAGUCAUCUUGUGGCUGGAGUAUUAUUAGCAAUGAGGGUUCAGAUAUUGAGACUUUGGGGCCAGAGGCUACUGCUGAAUUUGGAGCUGAACUGUUAGAGCACUCCACACUGGAAGAGCCACUGCAGCUGGACUCACAAACUUUAGCUCCGGCUUUAGUUGAGACUGCUCAGUCCCUCCAUGACACACUGGAAGAACAGGUGGUAGAUAAAACACUGUACUGUCUGAGCACAAAAGCACCUGAAAAUGAUGUGGAAGGCGAGGCUGCAGGGAAGGAACCUGUGUUAUCCUCCAGUGAUCUUUCUGAUAUUGUGACACUGGGAGAUGUGAAGGAGGACGAGCAUACGGAGGAGGAAGCACCCAUACAUGAGGACUUGUACCUCGGCACGUCCAGCAGCAGCCACUACGCCUUCACUUCUGCAGCUGCAGAGACUGUUUUCCCCGUGCAGCAGCCAGCAGUGACUAACUCCAGCAGCAGCGAGGACGAGGCUGAACGAAGCUCUGGUGUUCUGAUAAGAAGACGAAGGGUGAGGAGAAACACAGCAGGUGUGACAGACCCAGAGGACGAGGAACAAGAGGCGCUCGUACUGGAAUCACGAUCAGCUGAUGAGAAGGACGAGAGGCCAGAGGAAGAGGAACAAGAGCACGAAGAAGAGCAGGAAGAGGCUGAACCGACUGCUGCUGCAAAUGAUCUAGGUCAUAGCUGGGACGGAAGCAUCCUCAACAAAUGUGUCCUGCUUGCUCUCAUCAUAGCCAUUAGCAUGGGCUUUGGCCACUUCUAUGGUACAUCCCAGAUCCAGGAAAGGCAAAAAAUUAUGGAUAAAACCAAAGUGAAUGAGCUUGACGGUGUGAGAGAUCUGAUUCAGCAACAUGCAGGAGAUCAAAGUUUGUCAAACCAGAUAAUUGGCUCUGACUAUGACAACUUGGAUGAGAAACAAAUCAUGUUGCUGCUCACAGAAGUUAUUAAAAAAUUAAAGAAAGAGAACCAGGAACUCAUCAAAAAACAGGAGCACAUACAGGCCAAGAACGAUGAGCUGAAACUGUUGCUGAAACAGGCAGCAGAGGACAACCAUCAGCUAAAGAUCUGGCUUCAAGACGGGGAAAAGUCUUUGUUCGUCUUACAGGAGGAGCUAGGAAACCUGCGCUCCAAGGUCAGGGAUCUGGAAGCAGCAGCAGCUGGAGCCGACUCUCUCCUGCUGGAAAACCAGAGCCUGAAGGAGCAGCUGGAGGACGAAAGGCAGCUGGCAGUUGGCAUCCAGAUCCACAAUGAAAACAUGGAAGCUGAAGCACAGAUUCUGAGAUUAAAGUUUGACAAGGAGAAGAGAGUCACAGAGGAGCUCAGGGAAGAGGUGAGUCAACUGAGGAGUCUCAUCCCUGAAGCUGGAAAGGAAGCGGGUGCAGAUGUGGAGGAACUGCAGUCCCACCUGAUGGAGCUGGAGAAGAAGCUCAGCUUCGAGCAGCAGCGCUCCGAUCUGUUUGAGAGGCUUUAUGUGGAAACCAAAGAAGAAAGAGUCAAAGGAGACAGAGAGUCCAAACAGAAGAAAACUAAACCGGGCAUGGCAGGGAAAGUGAAAGAGACCUUUGAUGCUGUGAAAAACUCCACCAAGGAAUUUGUCCACCACCACAAGGAGCAGAUCAAGAAAGCUAAAGAAGCUGUUAAAGAGAAUUUAAGGAAGUUUUCUGAUUCUGUUAAAUCAACUUUCCGACACUUCAAGGAUUCGGCAUCGACAUUCCUUAACAAAGCUCGAGGUUUUUAUAAGAAAAAUAAUGGCAAAAAUUCAGAGGAUUCUUGGGAGCACACAUCCCACAGUUAUCCUCACAACACCCGAAAAUCCACCUGGAAAGCACACGAAGAUCAAACGAGCAGCAGUCAUCAAGCCAGGAUGAAAGGAUGCACCGGGGUCUUCGACUGUGCCUACCAGGAGUCCAUGAGCCUUUUCAACAAAGCCACGGAGCCCAUCAGGGCCGAUGAAUUCCACCAGCUGCUCCGCAGCUAUCUGCAGCAGGAGGUGGACCACUUCCACCACUGGAAGGAGCUGGACGCAUUCUUAGGCAACUUUUUCCACAACGGGGUGUUCAUCCAUGAUCAGAUGUUGUUCACUGACUUUGUGAGUGAAGUUGAAGACUAUCUGACAGACAUGCAGGAGCACUACAGCCUGGAUGAGGAUGUGUUUGGAGAUCUUGAUGACUUCAUCUACAGACACUUCUUUAGAGAAUCGUAUGCAAAGAGUUUCAGCCCUCGCGGUCCAUUUGAAAGACCCAACGAGGACACCAAAGAGGAGCUGAGGGCGAGGCACCAACAGCGGAAGCAGCACAAAGCCAGAUCUCGGCAGCACAGGGGCCGCAAAUGUAGGAGAGCAGGCCGAAGCACAGACCCACAUCUGACCGAUGUUAAAAUAGAACUGGGCCCGAUGCCGUUUGACCCCAAAUACUGACAACAUCUCAUCCAGUUUAACAUCAAAGCUUCAAUAUUUUGGGUUUUUUUCUCCCCCCAAUUUCAAAGUCACUUUUUUUAUAAUGUUGCACAGGCGUAUGCUACUGCUACUCAUGAGAGUUUUAUGGUAAUUUCUGGUAAGUAAAAAAAAAAGCAUUCAUUGCAAUUCUCUUCAAGAUUUUACAGAUAUUCAUUUGGAAUCUAUUAGUGCCAUGUUUACAAAUUGUAAAAUCCAAGAAAGCACCUUCACAUAUCCACCUGUAUUGUGGCUUUGUGUCUAUUGUGUAUUGUUUUAACCUUCUUCAUUUAAAUGAGUUUGUUGAGGAUGCAGUUCUCUGAUCAGAUGCUGUUUUGAAUCAUUCCACCUUGAAGUUGUUUCGACUGAAGCUUGCAAUUUUAUUUCCCUCUUGCUGACAUGGUAAAAAUGAAACUGGAAAAAAAUGUCAUCGCUAGUCGUUUUUUUUCUUGAGUCUUUAUUUGACACAAAAAAUAUAAAAAAGCAUAUUUAUUUCAACUGCAAAAUGAUAACAUGUUGCUUAGGGUCUCAACAAUUGUUCCAGUGUUUUUCAGUGCCUUUCAUAAAUAAAAAUGCUUCCUCCAACUUU